AUCGGCACUACAGCAAGUAACCACCCCAUGGAUCAAGUUAGAAACCAGCUCGUGGACCAAAAGGAAUAAUCCCUCAUCAAUGGACAUGUUGGAUUUAUGGAUCUCAAGGAUUACCAUCAAACAAAAGGUUUUGGAUCAUCUUUGUUGAAAUCAAGCGACUUGCUGCGUCAGGCCUGGAUUGACACGUCACUCAUUCAUCAAACUGGUACGUGGAAAUAUUGUUUAAGCCGUAAAGGAAAACGGUGAAACUACUGGAGUUUAAAGACAUUAUUUCACUGCAAAGACUGAUGAGAUGAGUUUCAUGUGACAAGUUGACGCUUAAUUGGAUCAAGACGUGUGCCAACUUCCAUCAUGAAAAUGUUUGUUAACACGAAUCAACCUCUUUAAACAAAGAGACACGUUUGUGCUUUAUCCUGUGGAUUCCUUGAGGAUUAUGCUGCUGUUGAAUGUUUGAAAUAAUUAAAAGGAUCGCUAAAAAUGUCUGAUGCAAAGAGCAAAGAAGAUGACACUCAGAUGCCGCAAGAGAAACGAAACAUCAAAUUCACACAAAAGGGUUUGGAGUUUUAUAUAAAAACAUGUCAAGAAAACCGAAGUUUAAAGUGUAAGCAAGCUUCAAAAUUUAAGGAGAAAAUCGCAUCAAUGACGUCACGAGAAAAUUUUAAAAAGGUGUCUUCUGACUUCGUCAAAUUUAUUAAAUGCUAUCAAGAUGCAACUGAUUUACAUGAAUCCUUUUUAAGCUUGCCAUUACCAGAAGAAGAAGUGAAAAGACAAGCUGUGUAUUUUCAGUCCAAUUUAACGGCAUUCUCUGAUUUUAUGGACAAUGUAAAGGUUUGGUUGCAGGAAGCAGGAUAUCCAUAUACUGAACAGAAAAAUGUUGAUGAUGAUCAGGUUGUUGCUGAUCAGGAUGAAAUAAACCCGGAAGACGGUGUCUCUAAUGUUUCAAGUGUAAAGCCACGUUCAAAAACAUCUUCACAGCAGUCUCGGACUUCAUCUACCUCCUCUGCACUCAUUAAAGCCGCGGCUGAAAAGGCAGCGCUCAGGGAGAGAUUUGCCGCGUUGGACAAAAGACAUCUGAUCGAAACUGAAGAGGAAGAACUGCGAAAAGAAAAGGAAAAACUGAGAAGAGAAAAAGAAAAAUUAGAUUUGGAAACAGAGUUGGCAGCAACUAAUGCAAAACUUAAUGUUUUAAACAUGAAUUCAGUUGCUGGUUCUAAACAAUCCGAUGGCAUGAACUCUUAUUUUGACAGAGCCCAAGUAAAGGACACGCCCCUGUUAAAUCCUCGUGCUAAUGAGUUUGUUCCAAAUGAAAGAGCAAAUUCUUCAUCUGACUCUCCUGUCGUUAGACCUAAACAGAGGCAGAAACAAUUUCAAAAUGACCAGACGAGAGUAAAAGUUGAUUUUUGAACUCGAGCAACACAGCAAACGCAAUUUCAAUUUCCUUCUUUGACCGAGGACUGUCAGAAUGACAUGGUGAACAUCAUGCAAAGACAAAAUGACAUCACUGCCUUACUUGUAAAACAAAACUUAUCGUCUGUUCUCCCAUCCAGAAACAUCCCUGUGUUUGAUGGGGACCCCCCUGCAGUACAGAUCAUUUAUGAAUGCUUUUGAGAACGGAGUGGAGUUCUAAGAACGGAGUUCUUAGAGCAGUUCACUAGGGGGCAGCCUAAAGAUCUGGUGCAUAGCUGUCAGCACUUACCUCCUGAUCAAGGUUAUUCUAAAGCCAAAUAUCUUCUUGAAGAACAUUUUGGAAACGAAAAUAAAAUUGCUUCUGCAUAUAUGGAGAAGAUUAUGAGUUGGACACCAAUAAAAGGUGAUGAUGUGAAAAGUCUUCAAUCAUUCUCUCUUUUCCUUCAAGGUUGUUCGAAUUUAACACAACAAAUUGUUCACAUGAAAGAGUUGGAUUUACCUAUUAAAUAUGAGAACGAUCGUCAUGAA